UCCCUCGUCCCGCACCAAAAUUAAACUAUAAUGUUAAAGUUAAAAAUCCUUCUCGCAAUACUAGCGAUAAUAAUUAUAAAGCGAAUAUUUUAGAAAAAACAGCAAAUUACGAUAAGGAAGAUACACUAGUUUUUCACCCCGACGCUGCUGCUCGCUAUGGAAUUGAGGGCCACGAACAAACUUUUAUUGAUUUUUAUAAAAGUUGUCAAGAUUAUGAGGAUAAUGAAAGAAAUUAUGAAAUAACCGAAGAGGACAAAAAAUAUUACAACUUUUCGGAAGGGAUAGAAAAAAAAACGGAAAGAACCAGAAAACGACGACGGUUAUACUGUUACCCACGAUAA